AUGCGCGACAUAUUGAUGGAAGACGCAGAAGUAGUUAACGAGGAUACGUGGUAUGGAACUCUGGAUGUCAACAUCGGAAUGAUGACGCCAAUACCGGAGAAAAUGUAUAAGAAAAUGCAGUCAUUGUGUGCACAAAUGAUUAAUGGCAUUCGACUUCCUCCGAUUAAUAGUGUUGCGACUAGAGGAUUUUAUUGGAUUCACGAGCGCAAGGAUGUCCCGUGUCUUUAUGAACUCCGCUACGACGAAGAACCGGACUAUGACAUCAACCCAAGACACGCAAUGCCACAAACAAUGCAAAUCCCAGACACAACGACGACGCGCAAAUGCCACAAACAAUGCAAAUCCCAGACACAACGACAUCAAACCCAAGACACGCAAAUGCCACAAACAAUGCAAAUCCCAGACACAACGACAUCAAACCCACGACGCACAAAUGCCACAAACAAUGCACAACGACAUCAAAACCCAAGACACGCAAAUGCCACAAACAAUGCAAAUCCGCAAAGGGAUUAG